AGUUGGUCCCGCCCAGUGCUAGCGGGCGCCGAGCGGGAGCCGCGCGGGAGCAGCGCAGCUACGGCGGCGGCGGCGGUUGCGAUUCGGAGCCGUUGAGACGCCUCUGCGGCAGCUGGUGGCGCAGGUGGCUUGCGUGGACGCGGGCAGAGGCGGCUGGCCCGCAACCGCAGCCUCCGUGCCCGCGGCCCCGGCAGGCGCGUCGGACGCCCCGAGGCAUCCCCUCCUCCCGCUGCCCGGCUCCGCCUCGACUCCCGCCUGCAGCCCCUCGCUGGGCUCCGGACCCCUCGGCGUCGCCCCCGAAACAUGACUCGCGAUUUCAAACCCGGAGACCUCAUCUUCGCCAAGAUGAAAGGGUAUCCUCAUUGGCCAGCUCGAGUAGAUGAAGUUCCUGAUGGAGCUGUAAAGCCACCCACAAACAAACUACCCAUUUUCUUUUUUGGAACUCAUGAGACUGCUUUUUUAGGACCAAAGGAUAUAUUUCCUUACUCAGAAAAUAAGGAAAAGUACGGCAAGCCAAAUAAACGAAAAGGUUUUAAUGAAGGUUUAUGGGAAAUAGAUAACAAUCCAAAAGUGAAAUUUUCAAGUCAACAGGUCUCAGCUAAGCAAUCAAAUGCAUCAUCUGACGUUGAAGCUGAAGAAAAAGAAACUAGUGUUUCAAAGGAAGAUACUGACCAUGAAGAAAAAGCCAGCAACGAGGAUGUGAGUAAAGCAAUUGAUGUAACUACUCCAAAAGCUGCCAGAAGAGGGAGAAAGAGAAAGGCAGAAAAACAAGUAGAAACUGAGGAGCCAGGAGUAGUGACAACAGCAGUAACAUCUGUUAAUCUAAAAGUGAGUCCAAAAAGAGGACGACCUGCAGCUACAGAAGUCAAGAUUCCAAAACCAAGAGGCAGACCCAAAAUGGUGAAACAGCCAUGUCCUUCAGAGAGUGAGAUGGUAACUGAAGAAGACAAAAGUAAGAAAAAGGGGCAAGAGGAAAAGCCACCUAAAAAGCAGCUGAAAAAGGAUGAAGAGGGCCAAAAGGAAGAAGAUAAGCCAAGAAAAGAGCCAGACAAAAAAGAGGGGAAGAAAGAAGUGGAAUCAAAAAGGAAAAAUUUAGCUAAAGCAGGGGUUACAUCAACCUCUGAUUCUGAAGAAGAAGGGGAUGAUCAAGAAGGUGAAAAGAAGAGAAAAGGUGGAAGAAGCUUCCAAACUGCUCAUAGAAGGAAUAUGCUGAAAGGCCAACAUGAGAAGGAAGCAACAGAUAGAAAACGCAAACAAGAGGAACAAAUGGAAACUGAGCAGCAGAAUAAAGAUGAAGGAAAGAAGCCAGAAGUUAAGAAAGUGGAGAAGAAGCGAGAAACAUCAAUGGAUUCUCGGCUUCAAAGGAUACAUGCUGAAAUAAAAAAUUCACUCAAAAUUGAUAAUCUUGAUGUGAACAGAUGUAUUGAGGCCUUGGAUGAACUUGCUUCACUUCAGGUCACAAUGCAACAAGCUCAGAAACACACAGAGAUGAUUACAACACUGAAAAAAAUACGGCGAUUCAAAGUUAGUCAGGUUAUCAUGGAAAAGUCUACAAUGUUAUAUAACAAGUUUAAGAACAUGUUUUUGGUUGGUGAAGGAGAUUCUGUGAUCACACAAGUGCUGAAUAAAUCUCUUGCUGAACAAAGACAGCAUGAGGAAGCAAAUAAAACCAAAGAUCAAGGAAAGAAAGGGCCAAACAAAAAGCUAGAAAAGGAACAAACAGGUUCAAAGACUGUAAAUGGAGGAUCUGAUGCUCAGGACAGUAAUCAGCCACAGCAUAAUGGAGAUAGCAAUGAAGAAAGCAAAGAUAACCAUGAGGCCAGCUCUAAGAAAAAGCCAUCCAGUGAAGAGAGAGAGACUGAAAUCUCUCUGAAAGAUUCUACACUAGAUAACUAGGUUGAUGUAACCACGAACAUAAAGGACACUUGAGACGUUUGUAAUGGUUUUCGUUGGAAAUAUUUAGACUGCUGAAACUGAAAGUUUUAAAUUUUUAUAAGCAUAGGUUUUGAUGUUAAACACUUGUUUUGAGGGAGAAAAUCCCUUUAUCUUUGUUUAAAAUUAAACAUUAUUGCUAAUUCUACUUGUGCAGUAUUAACAGUAUAUGUGGGGAAAAAUCCAUUUAGAAAAUGUUAAUCUGCUUUUCCAGACAUUAUGGUUGUAGCAUAUUUUCAAUUAGCGAGUGUAAGUUAACGUGUAAUUGAUAGUAGAGAAGUUACAUUUUUAAAACUGCUACUUGUAUAAUACCUUUCCUCUUUUAGCUAAUACUGUGGUUUCUGUGCAUAGUUUUUACUCAUGUUGGAUUUACCGGACUGUCUUUUCACUGUGGGUUUUGUAGAAGUUGAGCAUUUUUAUGGUAGAUAAAAUGUUACUUCUAUACAAGUACUCACUCCCUCUUUUUAUCAAAGUUAAGUAAGUUUAAUCUCACUCUAUGUUGUGCUACAUUAUUCUGCUUCUUUGUAACAAUGUGUGGUCUGUAUGCCUUUUUGUAUGACAACUAGAUAUCCAACUGAAGUUGAACUGACCAUUUUGCAAGGUACAAAACUCGUUAAUUUUUGAAGGUAGUUUUGUGGCUGGGAAUUCAGUAAAAUCACAUGACUUUUCCUGCAGAGAGCAGAAUGGGUUAAAUAUUAGAAUGAAUCUGGCAUUAGAGUAUUAACCUUUUUGAAAUCAAACAUUUAAGAUCCUUUAUAAGCACUAGAAGCUAAAUUUGAACGCUAAAUGAUAAAAGUUUGAGAAAUGCCUCUUUUUUUUAAGUCACACUCAUUAAGGAAGUCACUUAAAUAGUAUUUUUUUAAUUGGAAAAAUCGAUCUAUAAUAAUGCUUAUGCAGUAAAUACAAGUAAAUAUUAUAUAAAACUAACCUAUUUGAAAACAUGGCUAUAUUAGAAGGUAAUUUUUAAUCUUCAUUUCUAUAUCAUAUAUAUGACACGAUGCAAAGAAUAGAAACAUGGGUUGCUUGAAGGCAGUUGACAAAGUAACAGUACUUUUGACAGUCUGUUCAUAUUGUGCUAAAUCAGGGUGAACUGUUUGUUAACACAAAAUUUAAGGGUAUAAAAACAAAAGGAUAGCAAUGUAUUUUGAAUAUUAGGUCAGCUGGUGGAUUUCAAUAGCUAAAAGACACUUCUCAUGUUUUGAAACUAUGAAUAUGGGAAAAUGGCUUAAUAAAAGGUAAGAGCUGUAAGUUUAGGCAUGUGGUUUGGAAGUUGCCCCCCAAAAAAGUGUGUGACAAGCAUUGGAUAUUUUAACUUCAUGGAUAAUUAUUUUCAUCUAUAGAUGAAAAGUGUGAAUUUUCAAUUUCAAUAAUUGGAAUUUUGCUUUUGAAGGGUCUUAUAAUGGAACUAGGACCCAUUGUUUCGAUGGAACUCUGCUAUAUUAUACAAACCAGUCAUUAUCUGUUUGGAUUUGGACAGAUUGUUCUAGUUAAGCCAUAAGUGUCAACAUGUAAACUUGUUUUGAUUAAAGAAUUUUUCUAUCAAACUCUACUAGUAAAUUACUUUUUUUUGCUAUUUACAAGAGGCAAGAGAUAAGAUUUCUGGAUUUGCUACCAAGGAAAUAAUUUAGUUAAUUGGUCAGAGAUUUUGUUUGGGGAGACAGGGUAACAAAAAAGCUCAAAAUUAUAAAAAUAAAGGAAAUGUUAUUUAUCUUUUGUCCAGCCUCCCCUUUUUUCCCAUGACCCAACAAGUCUAUAGUUUACCAAGAAGCCACAGAAUAUAUGACUUCUGGAGAUCCAGGAGUCUAAUCAUAAUUUAUGUCUGCUUGCAUGGGUUGACCUUGCUCUAACCAGUUGAUACAUGUUAAGUUGAUUUCUUAUCAGUCAUAGGGUGAUUCACAGAUAAGUAGCAUUCUCAGAACUCUUAAGGUCAUGUGACUAAUUAUCAAGAACUUUCAGGACCACUGGCUCAAUUUAAAUAGUGCAUUUGGUCAAAACUAUAGCUGAAAAAGCUGCUAAGACGCUUUCCUAUUUAGAGAUAGGAAAAAAAAUGUGUAUGUAUGUUAUAAACAAUAUUUCGUUUUGAGAAAGUUUCACAUGACCCAGCAGAAUCAUGAAAAUGAAAACAUGGCUAUAUUAGAAGGGAAUUUUUAUCUUCGUUUCUAUAUCAUAUAUAUGACACGAUGCAAAGAACAGAAACAUGGGUUGCUUGAAGGCAGUUGACAAAGUAACAAGUAACAGUACUUUUGACAGUCUGUAUAUUCAUAUUGGGCUAAAUCAGGGUGAACUGUUAACACAAAAUUUAAGGGUAAUAGCACUGUAUUUUGAAAAUUAGGUCAGCUGGUGGAUUUUCUCAGCUGCUUGUGGAAAUUUCCAGGGCUUUGAACUGGUUCGUUUCCGUUCAACCCCCUGCUGAAAAUUUCCAUUUCCACUACAGAUGUACUCAAUCGGAAUCUACAUUUUAACAAGAUCCCCAGGUGAUUCUUUGGUAUACGUAAGAUGUUAUCAUUUCAAACAGAGAACCUAUUUAGGACUUUGUAUAAGCCUUAUAAUAGCUAUUCUAGUUUCAAAAUAGUAGGAUACAGAUUUUACCCAGUUUUUGCUGAUAAACACUGAAGUGUAGUGUACUAAACGUGGACCUGUCCACAUACACUUACCUGGUUAAUGGUGUCAGGUCAAGAUGAGGUCUGCCAUCUAGUCUUGUAUGAGAGCAAACGCUUUUAUAGGACUCUAUCCCUUCUCUGGCCAGUGUUAUACAAUCUAUUGGAAAUAGCAUACCUGUAAUAAGCCCUCAAGAAAUGGCGAAACUGCUGUACAGGCAGAAAUGUGUUUAUAUUUGUGCUGUGUAAUUUCCCAAUCUUAGAGAUAACUGAUCUUUCUCUCAGGAAAGGAUCUUGUUUGAAUAGAUCAUGGCAACAUUUUCAUAUUUGCUUUUCUUAAUUAGAUAAAGUGAUAUUAUAUGUAAUAACAGUUACGAUGUGUUUAAUAGAUUGAAAUUCUUGGUUUAGGGAAUUUAUAGCUGCAAAUUGCACGAAGUUAGGAAUUUCUUAAGACUUAAGCUGGUAACACACUGGCAAAUUCUGGGAGUAACCUAGUUAGCAUUUCCUCUCUUGGUUUCACCGGGAAACUUUUAACUUUGGUGCAAAAGCUAAACUGAAGAACCAGCAGGAUAAUAUUCUUAAUGAUAAAACACUGUAUUAUGUUUUAACUGACAUUUUUCUUUUUUUGUUCACUAAGAUGAACUGACUGGCACCACACAGAAUAAUGUGGUAAGGCAAUAAUUCACUUUCUGGAACCUGCUGUCUUGAGAGCAUGAAAUGAUGAAAAGGAAUAAAAGUAAACCUUUGCAUAUUAAUAAUGAAACAAGAAUACAUGUUUGCUAGCAGACUUUGAGGAACUGGGUAAAUCACUCAUUUACCUUAAACCUAUGGUUAUUUUCAAUAUGCUGAGCAUUAACACAUUUGGAUUCAUAGGAAGGUAGGUAAAAAUUUAGGCACAACGUAAGCCAGCCUGUUGUAUGGACUGAAUCCGUGAAUAAGAACACCAUUAGACAUACCAGAAACAGGUGCUUGUUAUCUCCACACCAGUCGACUUAAUUGGAUACGUGGCAUUUACGUCCAUAAAGCAUAUGAAAUAAGUGUAUACAGGCCUCACCAGUUUUUGAUUUAUAUUGUAAAAGUCUGUUCAUAGUCAUCUGGGAAACUGUGAAAUUCAGUUGAAUUUAAAUAUAACCUAGAAGAAAGAGAGUGAAACAUAAAUACGACACAUUUAAACUGAACUAAUUUAUAUUACAACAUUUCACAGUCUGAAAACAGUAUUAAAUUUUCCACUCCAAAAUGGAAAUGGUUUCCAGAAGAUUUCAAAUAUAGCUACAGUUUUCUCUGAUGAUCUUGACCUCAGAAGCUAUGAAAAAUUUUCUCUUUGGCUCAGAAUGAGAAAAUAACUAGGAUUAUCUUAAGGGGAUCAAAACAAUGGUAGAGCUUAGCCAGAGAAACUUUUUUCUUUUUGCUAUAGAACUAGAUGUUAUGGCCUGAGAGUAAGUGAGCCAGAGCUAGCAAUCCAUAGGCUCCUGAUUUCUCUAGUCCCAGUCGUCAUAGUGCAUAAAUUAUGCUAGUGCUGAUUUUUCUUUAUCAUCAAAAUAUUUAAUUGUUCUACAUUUUAAACUUAACUGAUUCACAAAAAGUUCUUGCCCAGACCCAGAAAUGAAGCUUCAAUUUAAAUGUUACUUCUCUGAGGGUAGUUGACCUAUCAAGAUCUAUUAAACUCACUAUGUAGUGAGUCUCAUUAAAACGUCUAGUGUGCCUUUCUAUCAAAAAAAACUUAAAAAAUAUAAGAGCCCACUAUAAAAUUAAAUUACACAACUGUUCUUAAUCUUAUAUUAUUUAUUAAAUAAUUUCCUCUUUGCUUAACUUCUAUAUUUUAUUACAGAUAUUUGAAGGAUCUGUACCUUGGAAGCCUCAUUGUGCAAGGUAUAGCUCUCACAUUCUUCAAAGAAUUUCACAGCACUUCCACCACUUGAUGGGUCACAUCAUUAGCAAAAAGCACUCUGGACACAAUUAGAAUGAAUAGGCAAGCCAGACUGGGAGAAAAACAUCACAACACAUGUAUCUGACAGAAGACUUGUAUUCAGAAAAGCAUGUUAUGGUGUGGAACCGCAAACAAACUGAAGAUACUUAAUUCUUCCCUAUCCCUCUGGUCUUCAAACUUUGACUCUGAUCCACAUUAAGAAACACCUUAUAAUCUAAACAUGCAGAAUCAUGUCAAACAAAAAUUUAUUUACUCAAAGAAUAUCCACGAAGAGAUGGAAAUUAAAAAAAAAAAAAAAAAAAAGUGGGAA